AUGCUGUUUGCCGGUCAAAUUGUUUACUAUCGCGAAAGUAUAUAAAUUCUUGUUAAUUGGCAUUUAAAUAAACCUCUAAAUAAAAACAUGGAAAGGAAUAUGCAAAAGCAACUGUACGGAUUUUCGAGAGAGUCGUCUCCGGGGCUGCGCCGCUACAGCAUGCCGACCGGCCCUACGGCGGACAGCACGAGAAAAUCCUUUUUUGGCGGCAACGCUAGCAGUGCUCAGUUGUCUACAAACCUUAAAAAGACUGCCCUAAGCAACAGUCGACACAGCUUAUCCAUACGCUCGACGCAGUCUAUACCUGGAAUCCGAUCCGAUUACAAUGUGGUGGAGAGCUAUGGUUGCCCACUACCCGUGGUGGUGAAUGAAGCACUGACUUUUGCAGGAGCAGGAUCUGCUACGGUUACCGCCAAAGUUGCCCAAAAUGGCUGGGCUUGGGUUGUCCAAGGCCGCCGUCUCCUCAUAUGGCAGUACAAAGAUCAAAGCAAGACAGGAUCGCCGCCUCGUGCUAACAAACCCCCAGGUAGAAGGGCUGGUGGUUUGGCACAGUGCCGAGAGUUAACCCUCCCUUACAGCGAUUUGGGUCACAAAAGCGAGUUGGUUAGCGUAUUCCAAACCGAAGGUCAGCAAAUGGCCUCUUGUAUAUCCGUUUCGGCUACCGGAGAUGUGCGCUACUGGUCGUCCAUUGCCCACGAUGGAAACUCUGUGGAUCUUUCGAUCCUAACUGGCCAGGAAUUCGUUCAGUUACUCAAUCUUCCAAAGCAACAAGGAUACCUGGCUGUAACGACUACUUGCAAUUUGGUCUUUCUACGCGUAGGGCUCACCAAUGGACGCUACACACUCCACCAUAAGACAAUUAAGCCAGCGACUAGUAUAUUGGGAGGUUUUGGCAAGAAAUUUGCGUCAAUUUUGAUUGGCAUGAAUACUGGAGGUGACAAAGAUCAAGUCCUAGUGGGCAUGUGCUGCGAAAGCAAUUCUGCAGAUGGGGAAACUGUUGUAGCUGUGCUCUCCGACAGAGCGAUUCAGCGUUGGAGUCUCACCAACAAGGGCAAUGCCGAAAACCUCAUCUACGAGGACGGGGAGAUUGUGCGAAGAAUACGCGAUGAAUUCAAACAAAAGUUCUGGAACGUUCGUUUGCCGGCUGACAACCUAGAGAUUGAUAUGCAUUUGCUAGAUUUUCAUGUGGUUAAAAAUAAGUCCUACAUUCUUGCAGGAGCUGUAAAUGCAGCUCAUGCUCCUCAAAUGUGCUACGCACUUGUCGUGACCAGUCCACAGGCGGAGUCCGUGGUCCUGGAGUCAUUCACACCACUUAAAAUUACAAAGUUCUAUAGCCCAAAAUCCGAGGAGGACUGCCUGAGUUUGCGAUUUGUAGUGGGAAGUGGUCACAUAUACUUGUACACACCGAAAGUAGUAUAUCCCCUGCAUUUGACUAACGCAGUGCCCACAGCAGAAUUGGAAGCGGAGAAGAUCGAGUUCCAUUUGCACGACGACAGAAUUUUGAGCGCGGCCAUCUGUAGUCACUUACCGCUAUUUUUCAGCCGCACCCAUGGAUUAGUUUCCAUCACACCUGGAGAUUUUGAUGGCACAGAGUUGCUGAACAUGAGCUCCUGCAACACGCCAGACCUGUUCGCUCCCGCCUCCUUCAACGCCAGCUUUGGGGGCUUAGCGGAUCAAAGUGGGCUUUCAGGGAGCACCAAUAAUCUGCACAUGUUUGAGUUAGAUCCGGAUGAUGUGUAUAAUGAGCUGUGCGACGAGGUUGGCCAGUUGAAGGCUGCCUUCCUCUACCAAUUGAAACGUAACAACAACAUGGCCAAAACCAUUGUCGGCGAUAUGAUGCGCACCAUCUCUGACUUCGAUCGCACUGGAGCGCCUUUGGAUGCGUACAAGCUGGACAGAAUAGUAAUCACCAUAGCUGAGGAUUUGGCAGAAGACUUGCCAAUAGCCGAUCCCCGUUGGGAGGAGGCUGUAACCGAUCAGGACUCGCAUCGCCACGCUUUGGGCAGCUCUCGUUCUAUGCAGAUCAUCAAUCAGCUCAGGGAUAAGAUCGUUGCUUUCCAACAUUUUAUCACCUUCUUGCAUUCCAGUGGUGUUUGGGAAAAGUUAAACGCCAUACCCUGUGGCAGUAAUGUUCUAAAGCCCACCAGUUUUGUACUAUCCGAUAUAUGCGAAAAGAUAGUGGCUGCCAUGGCAUUGAGAUCCCUGCAGAACAAACUUCCCAAGCUGAUUGAGGAGGCUAUUGAUGCCACCGUUGCCGUGUGGGACGAGAAGCCACAUGGUAGUCUGACUAAUCAGGAUAUAUUCUACGUAAAGCUGUGCAAGUUUCAGUACGUAUUCGAAGCUUUGGCUGACAUAGCCGAUGAUCGAAUUGCUGCCCAGAGUCAGUCCACGGUAUCUGUCGCUCAUUUCAUCACCGACAUCAACUCCAUUGUGCUGGACACCCUGGGACAGGUGUUUAGGCAUCGGGAGCAGCAUGCGAACAGCUUCAGGCUGCACAACGACAAGCUAGGGUCUUUUGAGAAUCUUCCUUGGACAGCGAUGGCGGGCAAUGCCGGUGUCCGGGACACACUAACCCGCCUUAUCGAUAUCAGUGUGCGUUAUGGCGGUCACUGCGUCAGCGAGACCGAUCUAAAGCAUCUGCUGUAUCAGCAAAUAUUCGAGUUGGUGGAUUUGGUGUUGGAUGGUCGUCGGACCUACUUGGAGAGCGUACGCGACUCCGAGAAGUUCAAUGUGCUGCAGCAACAGUUCGAGGCUCAACGGAGGGAGCUCAUUUCAGUCUUAAUCAAAGAUCGGCAGUAUGAGUAUGCUGCUAAGCUGGCCGAGAAGUACUUGGACUUUCAGAGUUUGGUUGUCAUUUGUGACGAGACGCAGGACAAAGAGCGUCUGGAUGAAUAUACCAGCCAAUACGAAGAAUUCGACUUUUCGCAAUUUGCCAUUAACUGGCACCUGCGCCAGAACCGGCACGGAGAGGUCUUCGAACGCUUCAAGGGCAACCAGACAGCGCUGGCUCAGUUCAUGCGCGACCACCCGUCGCUGGGCUGGAUCCAGCUUAUAUUCAACGGCGACUUCGAGCGGGCGGCCAAGGUUUUAUACGAACUGGCCCAGUGCGAAACCGAGUUUGUGUCACGCAAGAAGUCGAUGCUGUCGCUGGCCAAGUUGGCUGCAUUUGCGGCUGCCGACUCGGACUUGACGGCGCAGGUGGAGAAGAUCAAUUCGGAUCUGAGCCUGGUCGAAUAUCAGGCGCAUUUGGGCCAUGACAUAUUGACUACUUUUGGCUUCGACGCGACGGAGCAGAAGGUUCUCAAGCCAGAGGAAAUAAUCAAUAUGUUCAUCGCUGAGGAGAACGACACGGCCACUGAAACAGAGUUCCGAAAGGCUCUGGAACUUCUCAAUUAUGUAGAGCAACCCUACGAUAUGCGACACAAGAUCUGGUGCGCGGCCAUCAAGCGGGAUAACUGGACGGACUACGAUCCAAACAACGGCGUGGACUAUAUGCACAAGUUGCUCUUCUUCAAGAUUAUUGAAAUCUCGCAGGUGAUGGGUCAGGAGGCGGACAGCUUCCUUCCGCCUAUGGAGGAUUUCCUGGAGAGCGUCGAGCUGGGCGACUUACCACUUCAGAAGCCGUUCCAGUAUCUGUUGAAGCUGACCUACGAGUAUGUGACCGAAAUGUACAGACAGCUGGACGACAUGGAGGUCUAAUCGUGCAAUGCACAUGCUAUUUUAUUAAAGCUUACGUUAAGAGUUCAA